UAUAUGCUGCAUUUUAUUUGCAUUUAUAUUCAUGAAAGUGAAAUAAUAGUUUGAAUUUCAGGUGACCUCACCUAGGGUCCCAAACCCAAGGUUGCAAACUGCCCUAAAGGGUGGUGGUCCAUAUGCAGGAGGCCCUACGGUAGUCCCUACUGUGGCCACUAUGCGCAGAUGUGUUAUGAAGUACUGGAAAGAUUCAUAUUUAAUGGACAGAAAAAAACAGUGUAUUGGUCAGAAUGGUAAUAAACAUGGGUGUGUGGUUCAAUUCUGUGCCAGUACAAUAUAAAAGUAUGGCAGAAAUUCAGAGCUGCUCCUCUGUUUACAUAAGAUAAGAGUGAUGGAGCGCAGAGGGGAACUGCACUCAGUUGAUUUUAUGUGACUUCUCUUCUAAUGAUGAUAAAUGGACUCCGUGGAGUUUCAUUGUAAUGUUUGCAAAGAAAAUAUGGGAAAGUCUGGUUUCCUCAGGCUCCUGAAAGUCCACCAUUAUUCUUGUAAAGUAAAAAACAACACUUCGUCUCUCUCCUCUCUCUCCUUACUGUAUACUGAACUGUAUGUUAAGAUGACACUCUGUCCCUGUGGUUAGCCUGACACAAAAUAGGCAUGGUGACAGAGAGUAGCAUGCAAUCUGAACGUUAUCAGUGUAUGGAAUAAUGGACGUCUGACGUACAGAUGUAUGUGUGUUUGUCUGUAUGUAUUUCUGCAUGAACGGAUGGAUGUAUGUUUUUACUGUAUGUGUGUCUGUGGAUGGAUGGAUGGAUGGAUGGAUUGACCAAUUAAUAUAUGGGAAAUGGAGUCUGUAUCCCCCCCCCCACUACCACCCCCAACACAAAGAAAACACAGUUACCACAGCAACCUUUAUAAUCGACUUGAUAAUUUUAGCUUUCAAGCUAAAGCUUUUAACCUUUUUGAACGUCUCCACAGGAGGAAAUGCUGGUCCAUGGUGCUCUGCAGCUCUAUAAUCAAGCAAAAAGUGACAGAAUGGCAGAAUUUCUACAGGUUUGAACAACAUGAAAGGAAGCAUCGGUGGUAUUAAACGUACACUUUGAGCUGCCUUUUAUGCAUCACUUUGCUGAUUGGAACAGCCUAGAAAUGCAAAGAGAGAGAAGGGAAAGGAGUCGGAGGAGGGGAGAGUGCAACAUGUAUACAUGACGUCUCCUAUUGGACAUCAAAGAGGAAAGGGUCAUCCAGCUGAGCUUCUCCAUUACAGUUACAUUAAGCUUCCAUUACUGAGACAAGUGUAGAAGAAACAGAAGUAAACAAUGGAAGAAAACAAAGAGGCGGAGCUGUUGCAGUCCGCUGCUGCGCUCAAAGCUUUUCUGUUGAAGAACAGCACGAAAAGCAACCUGAACCUCUACGAUCACCUCACCCAUGUGCUGAUGAAGGUGAUGGAUGAGCAGCCAGAAAAUGCGGUGGAUGUGAUUGAAGACAUCAGCCGUGAUGUGAAGCGAAGUAUGUACGUAGACAAGCAGAGCACCCUGCAGGACGUUCCGGAGACCACGCCGGCCGAGCUGCUGGCCGAGAAGCAACGGCAGGUGGUUUUGGGCAACCAAGACGCAGAAGACCUGUUGUGUGUAAACUAG